AUUUCGUAAUGACAAAAACUUGUAUAAGACGGUUGAUAAUGAAACAUGGCUAAAUACAUAGCUCAGAUAAUAGUUUUGGGCGCUCAGGUUGUAGGUCGAGCAUUCGCACGCGCCUUGAAACAAGAAAUAGCUGCAUCCCAAGAGGCAGCGAAGAGGGCUGGCGGUGGACCCGAAGGAGCGCGGAGAGCUGCUGCCAAUGCUUCCACAGGGUUGACUUUAGAAGAAGCAAUGCAAAUAUUAAAUAUAGAAAAAGUAGACCCCGAGAAAAUUAGUAAAAAUUAUGAACACCUUUUCGCCGUAAACGACAAAUCGAAAGGAGGUUCGUUUUAUUUGCAAUCGAAAAUCGUAAGAGCGAAGGAGAGAUUAGAUGCGGAACUAAAACAAACAUCACCCAACUCCGAGCAGGGCCCGUCUAAAGACACUUCAUGAGACUCGGCUGUGAUUUAGUGUGUAGUGAUUAAAAUUAGUAAAUUGAUUUUCCUGUAAAAUAUGUUUAUUGAGUACAAACGCCCACAAUAGUGACUAGAAUACAUCAGUCUUCAUAAACAUUGAUUAUGCUUUAAUACAAAAUUUCAUUGAUAUUAUAUUGCUGUAGAAAGUUUAAUACAAUCAGUUACAUUACUUGCUAAAGCAUUGUUACUUUUAUUGUUUUAAUAAUCAAUAAAUUAUUGCUAAGCACAACUUUUUAUAAUUUUAUAUUGUACAUUAAACUACCUGACACAUUUUUUUUGCAUUUUCAGUAGCCAAUAAUGCUACAGUUACAUUUUUCUUAACCUUAAUAAUUAAGUUUAAAAUAAUAUGAGAUAUGUAAAAAUCACACACUACAAUAUUUAUUAUUAAAGUUAUUGACAGACUUGUGAUAUUCCUCAAUUUGUAAAAAAGGGCAAAAAAAUCAUUCACUAUUCUAAUGACUAGACUGACUAGGUUAUAUGGAAUGUUUUGGAAGAACUUGAGCAAGAUUUAAUAUAAAAAUACAAAUUAAUUUACCAUAAAAGUACUACCUUCCUCCUUGUUCCCAAUCUCUUAUAGCGCACACAAUCCAAACACUUCACAAUAUUAUAUGCUCCCU